CCUUAGUCUACGACUUGCCUGUGCAAAGCUGGUACUCUGUUAGCACGGAGAACAUGAACAAAGUGCCCAAGAUAAGUUGUGCGGACUGGUUAAUUACUAUAGUCAUUUUCCUGACUCUUCAAUGCUGUAUCUGCACAGAAAUAAUUGGGGGCCGUAAAGUUAAUCCUCAUUCCAGACCAUACAUGGUGUCUAUCCAGAGUCAUAAAAAGCAUGUUUGUGGUGGUGCUUUGAUCGCGCGGAGAUGGGUUCUGACUGCAGCGCACUGUGAAAGCUGGGUUCAAAAACAAAAAUCUAGAGUGGUCCUUGGAGCAGAUUCACUUUCUAAGAAACAACAAGGGAAAAAGGCAAUUCCAGUGAGAAAGAUGAUUCCUCACCCUAAGUUUAACUCAAGAACUCCAGAAAAUGACAUCAUGCUGGUUGAGUUAGCCCGUGAAGCUAUUGUGAACAAGUAUGUGUCAACCUUGAAACUUCCCGAAUCAACAGACGAUGUCAAAGCUGGAACCAAGUGCAGUGUUGCAGGAUGGGGAACAACUGAUUCUUCAGUCUUGAAAGCAUCAGAUGUCCUGAGGGAAGUAAAUUUAAUCGUCAUUGAUAGGAGUGUCUGCAACAGUAAAGCAUACUAUAACCUUAGUCCUGUCAUAACAAAGGACAUGUUAUGUGUUGGUGAUGAUGAAGCUAGAAAGGAUUCAUGUGCGGGAGACUCUGGUGGUCCAUUAAUAUGCAUGAAGAAAGGCAACAAGAAAGAGUAUACUGGCAUUGUUUCAGCUGGAGCAGAGUGUGGAACUCCUAAUGAACCUGGUAUCUACACCCGUUUAUCUGAGAAAUACCUUGAAUGGAUAAAAAGGAUUACAAAGAUUGAAAACCAAAAUGUAACAAAGGAUGAGAUCUAUCAUGGAGAGGAAAUUAUUGGAGGUCGUGAUGCCAAACCCCAUUCAAAACCUUAUAUGGCAUCUCUUCAACGGUUUAGCAAUCAAAAGUAUGAACACCUCUGUGGAGGUGCUUUGAUCAGACGUGACUGGGUACUAACUGCAGCACACUGUGAAAUCCCGCUUAAGUACAUUACUGCAAACCAGCCUCCUCAAGUGGUUCUUGGAGUACAUAAUCUUUCAGCGAAGGAGAGGAGUCAACAAAGGCUUUACGUUCGCAAGUGGUUUCCUCAUCCAGAAUACAAAAGGCAAACUUAUGAAAAUGACAUCAUGCUGGUGCAACUUAAGGGAGAAGCAACUCUGAACAAGUUUGUGGAUAUCCUGAACCUGCCUAACUCAGGAAAGGAUGUCAAAGGUGGAGAUAUUUGUAAUGUUGCAGGUUGGGGGAUUACCAGUAUUAAAAGAGAGAAGGCAAAAGUGCUGCAGGAAGUAAAUGUAACCGUUGUAGACAGGAACCUGUGUGCUGAAUAUUACACCUACCACCCUGCAAUAACACAAAAUGUGCUCUGUGCUGGUGACAAAAAAGGAGGCAAAGAUUCCUGCAAUGGAGAUUCAGGAGGUCCACUAUUAUGCCAUGGAAAUUUCAAUGGAAUUGUUUCUUUUGGAUGCAACUGUGGAAUACCCCGAAAACCAGGUGUCUAUACUCGACUCUCAGAAAAAUAUCUUUCCUGGAUUAUGAAGAUAAUUUCAAAUUCAAGUUUUCAGUGAUGGUCUAUAUUGGUAUAAUGCUUGCUAUGUAGUUUUUGAGUCAAGUUAUGUGCUUUUGCAGAAAUGUUAUUUGAUGGUGGGUAUUGUGGUGCUGCAGGCCAGAGUUAGUAAAACAGAGACCCCUGCACUAACAACCCUUAGAUCCAAAUUUGAAUCCCACCACACCAGCAGUGGAACUUAAAUUCAGUUACCAAUGUUUAGGAAAGGUUAAAAAAAUACACACCAAUUAAUCUGAGUACUGAUGAUCACUUACUGCAGGAUUGUCAUAAAAACCCAUCUGGUUCACUAGUGCCCUUCCGGGGAGCAGAUCCACCAUUCCUUUACCCAGUUUGACCAACAUGUGACUCCAGGCCAUGUGGUUGACUCUUAAAUGCCCUCUGAAGUGACUCACUAAGCCUUUCAUUUGUACCAUUGCCACUGUGUUCAAACAGAGAAGGAAUAAAAGUGUACAGACCCCCUGGCAUUGAAUUCAAACACAACAAAAUUGUUUCCAGCCCAGCUGGUAUUGGUAUUGGUAUAUUAUUGACCUUGUAAAGUCCUCCUCACGAACACAUAGGGACUGGUGUCUAAAGUUUGAGAGCUGUCCCACAGACUAGACAAGCUUCAGCCUGAUGUAGUCGUACUCAUAGAAUCAAACCUUAUGAACAAUGUAUCACAGCCCUUAAGUACAUCUUGUCUGACUGACAGCACGGACCCAACAGAAGUGGCAGAACAGUGAUACUUAGGUGGGAGGGAGCUGCAGUCCUCAGCAUUGACUACAGACCUCAAAGCCUCUCAGCAUCAGGUCAGACAUGGGCAAAGAAACCUCUUCCUGAUGACCACAGACCAUUCUUCCUCAGAUGAUGAAUCAAUAAUCCUCCCUGCUGACCUGCUUGACCUCAUACUCACCAAUCUACCUGUAGCAAACACAUCUGUCCAUGAGAGCAAAGGCAGAAGGAACCACCUUAUAAUCAUUGUGAAGAUGUCACAUAUCUGCACCAAGGCCACCUUCCAUUGUGCUAUAUGGCUUUAUAAAUGUGCUAAAUACUAUAGACUCAGAACAGAUCUAGGUGCUAAUGAGACACUGUGGGCCAUAGGAAGCACCAGAAAUGUACAUCAUCAUAAUCUGUACACUCCUGACCCAGCAUAUUCCUCACUUUUCCAUUACUAUCAAACCAGGAGGCCAACCUUGGUUCAAUGAAGAGUGCAGAAGGG